CUCGAGGAUCAUCACCACGAGCACGUUUUUUUUCACAAGGAUGUCUCGUAACGAACCACUAAUCGCGAUUAUUUGAUAGUGCUUGGUGCAGAGUACCUAGACGAAGAGGAAGGAUGCAACUGCAGCGAUUGUUGGUAAUUCUAGGAGCCGUUUUUACUGCGUCGUCGCUGGUAUGCUGUCAGUCUGCCGGCAAAGUUACGUUCCAGGAUGUCGUUCCAGAGGGCCAACCGGAUAACCAAGAGGGUCCCGAAGAAGUUCCGUCGCAACAGAGGGGAUUUAAUCCCGCUCAACACGUGGGAGAUUUAUUUGAAUAUAUCGGUUUCGGAACAGGACGAAACACGGAUCCGUAUUUGGCGAGAGUCAACGAACGUUGCAUAACCGGCGACCUGGCGGAAUGCUUCAAGUCCCGUGCUUUAAGCUAUUUUUCGGAUUUUUUCGACCAUGCCGAAUACUCCCUGAGCGACUACGUCCGAGUUAAGCGGAUGUCUCACGACGUGGUGACGGAAGUGUACCAUCAGCCGUACGAAUAUUCCAACGAGCCUAGGUCUCAGGAAUCGGAAUGGGAUCAACUGGUGAACUUUAUGAAAAGGAAAGCGGAGAGAUUUAUCAAAACAAUGUCCUUUGAAUUAAUUAUACCCACCUCAGAGACUGGUCGCAACGGAGCUUACGAGCCGAGAUUUUUGGACGAAAUCGCUGAAGAGAUUAAUACUCUUGAAAACAAGAAGGAUACUCUAUUUUCUCGCCAUAAAUUCAGGAAACUCUUGAUACCGAUGCUGCUUGUCAUAAAACUCUUCAAGCUGAAACUGCUGCUUUUCUUGCCGUUGAUUUUGGGCCUGGCUUCGUUUAAGAAGUUCCUCGGAUUCCUCGCGAUCGCCAUACCCGGUCUGAUAGGUUUCUUUAAGCUCUACAGGCCGCAAAAUUAUUAUCCGCCAGUUUACACCAAGAACGGUAUCGGUCACCCUCAAUACGGAGUACAUCCAGAUAUCGAUUAUCACGAGGAUCAUUACGGAAACGUAGGAUCCUAUGGUCAGGAUUUGGCGUAUCAGGGUUACCAGCAUUAUAAGCCGUAAUUAACUUAUUUAUUUUGUGUCAUUUUCAUGUUAGAGAAAGAAACGACUAAACAGACAGUCAUA